AUGACAACGUCAAGAAUCUUUCACCCAAGGCACUUUAUGACGACGACAACUCUCCUACUAUUAGCUAUUGUUGCUGCUACAGCCAAUGCUCAGACUAUCGCCAAUUUGCAAGUCGGUGAUGAAAUCUGCGCGGAAGGAUUUGUUUUGGAUACCUAUUGCAUUGAACGCACUACCUUAUUGGACAAUCCAACCGUCUUUUCGUUGGAAAAUCCAGAACUUCAUUCGGUUCAUUGCUUGGUCGACGUUAACUCUUGUUUUUCAUCGCCCUUUGAAAUGCUGGUAAACGUUGGCAGUCAAGAAUAUGCCAGAGGAUGGCGAUUCGAUGAUGCCGGUCGACAAGCCAUGGUCACUUUGGGACGACAGGUCGGAAGUCAAACAUUGGGUUGUACGGAAUGUGAGCCCGAUGGCGGGGAUCCUACCGACGUCGCCUUUACCCGACAACAGGAGGGACUCCGUGCCGUCGUCAAGGCUCAAGUGACUAGUCUCAAAUUGGAAGACGACCUAAAGGUUCCCGAAUUAACCUUGCUAGCAGAUCCGAUUCACACCAAUACGACCAUUUCGACCAUCCCCAUUCUUGAUGAAUCCGUUACCGAUCCCUGUCAACGAUUUUAUGGAAUGACUAAUAUUUUGGAUAUCUUGACGCCAGAAGAACAAUCGCAGCUCUUUACGACCGAGACGCCGGCCUCCUUUCGCAAUUUACGAUUGAUUCAUGGAAGUUGCAUGUUGAUAGGAUGGGGCCUUUUGUUGCCCAAUGGCAUGUUGGUGGCUCGUUACUUUAAAUUACAUCCGUCUUCGAACAGUGCCUGGUUCAAGUUUCAUAGGAUUUGUCAACCAACGGGACUUUUGGUUGCGACUGUCGGUUGGAUCAUUGCCCUGGUCAAUUUUGAUGUCUUUUCCGAUCGGGAUACUCGAUUCGUUCAUGGACUGGUGGGAUCGAUUGUCAUGGCACUGGGAUGGUUGCAACCCCUCAAUGCCUAUUUCAGACCGCACAUUUCACCCGAUCACCCAAAAACAACAACGCGCAUUGUGUGGGAACAUUAUCAUCGGGGUGCCGGAUGGUUUUGUUUCUUUUGCUCGCUCAUUGUCAUUGUGUUGGGGACCUUGAUCAUUCCUCGACCAAAUGAUCGACUCGGAUUUCAAUCCGCCUUUGUCGUCUGCUUGUUGAUCAUGUUGGGCAACUUGGCGUUCAUGAAGUCGGACUCGAAACAAGAUUUGAGAGGAUUUUGUUGCACGAGAAAGAUUCCCCCGGCGGAGGAACCAAAGGAGAAGGACGAGGAUAAUGCAUAA